AAGGCAUCGAGCAGAAGAAGAAAAAGGUAGGAGAGAGAGAGACGUCACCAAAACCAGGAACAUCUACAAUGACUUCAGAGGUUACGAGACCAGUACCGAGACGUGGUAUUUUGCAAUUAAAAAGGACUGAUAGUAAACAGCAGCAGCAACACCAGCAACAGCAGCAGCAACAACAGCAGCAGCAACAGCAGCAGCCACAGCAGCAGCCACAGCAACACCAGCAACAGCAGCAGCAACAACAGCAGCAACAGCAGCAGCCACAGCAACAGCAGCAGCAGCAACAGCAGCAGCAACAGCCGUCACAGCAACAACAGCAACCUCAGCAGCAACAACAACGCAAUUUACCGCGGAUUAUAGAUGAUGAGAUAAUAAUAGAUCACAUCAAUGUAAACAAAAUUUACAAAAAUUAUAAAAAAAAAUAAAUUUAAAGAAUUGUGGACACCUCAUCGUUUAUUAAAACUUUGAGUUUUCCCAAAUUUAUUUAGAAAAUUUAAAAAUUGUAAAAUAUUUCAGAAAAUUUAGAUAUGAUUUUUAAAUUGAUAUACUCUACUCUUUGUCUUCCUUUUAGUGUAAAUAAAUAAAUAAAUUGACUAUAUGUUAAGAUAAAUUUCAAUCCCUUUUCAACAUUUUUUUUUUGUUUUAAAAGAUAAAAAAGAAUCGUAAGAAUUAUAAUUUUUUUUUAAAUUAUUUUAUUUAAUCAUUUUUUUUUCAUAAUACAUUUUAAUCAACUUCGUCUUGACUAAAUUUUCCAGACAAAUAAUUUAAUAACCAUGCUCUUAUUGAAAGAGCAUUAUGGACGGCACAUGCUGGUUUUCUUCUAAUAGAAAGUUGAUGGUGCAAGCAAAAGUAAUUUUUAUUACUUUUUAUGUUCUCCAGUGGAGGGCAUCCGAGAUCUUCGACAUUGGAUAUUAGACUGAAAAAAAAAAAAAAAAAA